AUGCUCCCCAAUGCCGACGUGAACAGGGGAAUGACCGACUCUCCUGGCUUGGAACGCGAACCUAGAUCAUGGCUUGACUGUUACCUAGAGACCGCCGAGGAGAAGUAUGCGCCUUUUUCCAAGGGAGCCGAUGCUGCUGCUGCUGUUCCCAAUAAGAAGGGACCGCAGGUAGAUGUGCUCUUUCAACCCAUCGCUGACUAUGGAGUCGGGUUGGCAGUUCCCUCAGCUACUGACACCACCGUCCACGUUCAACCCGAGAUGCGCCUAUUUCGGAGAUUCAGGUCCAAUACAGCUUUCCAGGCAAAGCACCAACUAUUUUUCCCUAGAGCCAACCAACCCGACCUACCCGACCUCUGCAUCCGAACUUUUUGUGACCUGCCAGAUGCCAUCCUCCAAAGCGUCAUGCGUUGUGUCUGCCCGCAUGCUCAAGAUGACACAUACGAGACGUGCGAGACUAGCGCUGCUUUAGGCGCUUGCGCGUUAUGCGAUCUGAGGGAUCUGGCCCACUGCGCGCGUGUCUGCAAGAGAUGGUAUAAUCUGGCAACGGGCAUACUCUACCAGAGCAUUCGCAUCGAUGCCGUUCAUUAUUGUCCGCUUGAGGCUCAUCUUUCGGAGCAGCGCAAGCACAGGGGCUUCUUGAGAAGCAACGCCGACCCGGAUGAUGUCCUCACGGCUCGCCUCGGACUACUUCGCCGAACGCUGUGCAACAACGGCCCGCGCCUAAGCACAUUAGUCAAAUACCUCAAGCUGCCUCAUAUGCUCCGAGAAGCGGCCGGGCCAGACCUCUUUCGCAUCGUCCACAUGCUCCCAAGCAUUCGCUAUGUGGACCUCCCGUCGGGGUUAUUCGCCGAUCAGUCUCGCUAUAGCACCCUUCGACUGGCCAUCGAAGCCAGGUGUCGAGACCUCCGAAAGAUGACAUACUAUGGAGGCGCAGAGACGGCCUUGACGGGGAUGGCCAAUGCUGACACGUGGCGAAACUUGGAGGUGCUGGAGUUGAUCAAGAUAGAGAUGGCCACCUGCGUUCUGCGACAUGCACUAGGAGCAUUGGGAAACCUUCGCGCGCUGAAGAUCGAAGGAGUGAGGUCUUUCUCAGAUGUCAGUCUCGGCCAUAUCGACGCGUCACCUCCGUUCCCGUGCUUAGAAGAGUUGGUUUUGCGGAGCACCCCGGCCGUCACCGGACGCGGUCUGCUUGAGUACCUGUGCCGGACCGACACCAGUAACAUGAUUACCGUCUUGGCUCUGCUUGGCACGGGGGUGACGACUGAGUCCCUGGCGGAUGCACUCUCGGCAGCUCCAAACCUACGGACAUUCGCCGUCGAAGCUACAGUCUCCAGGCCAUUGAGGGACGGAGCGAUCGCCCAACGACUCGCGUCAACCUCUUUGCGAAAGCUCCGUUUCGAAAUCACUACCGCUGACCCGAGAAGGUUUGGGUCUUGUACAAUAGCCAGCCACUACAGGUGUCUGGCAGAGUCUCUCAUGGCUAACGACUUGCCCAACUUGACAUCAGUCUAUGUCCUCGGCGAGCACUUACUUCAUCAACUAGGCUUGCCGUACCCACGACUGGCAUCCCCAUCGACUUGCCAUGCGAGUCUUCUUGAUCCGGCGAAUGCCGACGAGACGGCAAGGUGUCGGGUCAAAUCUUUCCCAAAGGAUGUGGCUUCCCGCGAUCUACCUUCUCCACCAUCCGUUGCACUCAGACAGCAACUGACGCUCUACACGAGAACAGCAGAUGCAGCAGACUGGCCGUCAGCUGGCAUGCAAUCUCCCGUGCGAGGAUGCGACCAACUGGUAAGCCAUUACAGUCUGAAUGCCGACAUUGCGGGCUGCGGAUGGGGGCAUCAUCAGGCAGUACAUCAAUGGGUACUUGCUAGAGAUCAACAAGGGGUCGUCAAGCAUCUCAACAACUUGGGAGCAAAAACAAAUGCUGGCGGCCUUGAAAUGAAGUACUGGCCCAAAACCCAAGAAAAGAGGGCAGAUCUUUGGCGAUGA